AAUGCAACCUCCGUCGAUAGAUUAGGUCUUUUCUUAGCUUCCAUUUCUUUGCUGAAAGUAAGAAACUUGUCUUCCUUGGCCGGAACGGAUACCCUCUUUUUUUUCCCUUCUCCCCUUCUUUCCUGGUCCUCCGCAACACCCGCUGGACAUACCUCCUCGUUCAGAACCUGCUCCCCUGCCAAAAAUGGCUGCCAUCGGCUUCGAAGGUUAUGAGAAGCGGCUUGAGAUUGUUUUCUGCAAGCCUUCCAUCUUUGCGGAUCCUGAUGGGAAGGGUCUCAGGGCCCUUUGUCGUCCUCAGAUUGAUGAAUUCCUCAGUGCAGCAGAAUGCACCAUUGUUGAUAACCUGUCCAACAGUGUGAUGGAUUCCUACGUCCUUUCCGAAUCCAGCCUUUUCAUCCACCCUUACAAGAUCAUCAUCAAGACCUGCGGGACCACCAAGCUCCUGCGUGCCAUCCCAAUCAUCUUAAGACAUGCUGGUUCUCUAUCUCUUUCACCCAUCUCUGUCAAGUACUCCCGCGGAACAUUCAUUUUCCCUGCAGCUCAGCCUUCUCCUCAUUCGAGCUUCUCAGAGGAAGUUGCAGUGCUUGACAGCCAUUUCGGCCAGCUGUUCUCCAAGCCGGGAGAGGCCUACGUGAUCGAUGGUGGAAAUCCUGCCCGGAAUUGGCACAUCUACUGGUCUUCCCUUGAUUCUGCUCCUGUCAUGCCAUUGACAAUGGAAAUGUGCAUGACCAACCUGGACACGGAAAGAGCAUCCGUGUUCUACAAAAACACCAAGAGCCCGGGAAAGACCAUGACUGAUGCCUCAGGCAUCGCCAACAUCCUCCCUGACUUUGAGAUCAACGACUUUGAGUUCGAGCCCUGCGGAUACUCCAUGAAUUCAAUCAACGGAAACGCUCUAUCCACCAUUCACGUCACUCCAGAGGAUGGCUUCAGCUAUGCUAGUUUCGAGUUUGUGGAUGUGAUCGACCCUAACAUGGCGCUGAACACAGCAGAGCUGGAGGCCAUGAUCGGGCGUGUGCUCGAUUGCUUUGGGCCGUCAGAAUUCUCCAUUGCCAUGCACUGCAGCUCCAACAGCCCAAUCUCAAAGCUGUCAAAGAGGAAUGGUUUGACAGGUUAUGCAUGCGGGAGGGUGGUUGAGCAGGAACUGGUUGGUGGAGGUUGCCUGGUAUACCAGAGCUUCUCCGCUGCAGAUGAGGAAAUGGGCAACAGCCCAAAAUCUAUUCUUCAGAAAUGGAUUGAUGUUGUGAGCGAGGAGGUCGAUGGUGGCUAUGAAAUCCCUAUGUCUGGUGAGAAUAUGGGGCACUGUGGAACAGAGGAAAGUGGAGAAGUGGUAGAAGAAGGUACCUGGGUAGCAGUUUCAUGCCUGGCCUAGUAAGACAAGUGAAAUAGCAGAAUCGACGUUUGCAUUUUGUCUUUUAUUGUUGCUCGUGUGUUGUUGGUCUAGAGUCCGUCUCUACUCUCUAGUUAUUAGAAUAAGGGAAAGAAUAAGCCUUGGCUUCGUAGCUGAAGCAGUUCGUGCUUGCGUGUUAUUAGGAUAAUAAUAGCGGUGUUAUGUAUGUCGUCUAUUUGUACUUCUGAGUCGGUGGUUGUUCGAUGAGUUUAGUUUUUUGCGUGUCAUGUUCUUGUUAUAUGAAACGCGGAUGUCUUCUUCUA